UUAGUUCGAAUCAGCUGAUAGCUAAAUAUUUUAGGGUGCUGUAUAUAAAUUGCCUGUUUAGUUAAUUUUUUAGAUUCAGUGUUUUAUAGUUUAUUUUUUCAUUUUCAAGAUGUUAUGAUGUUAUCUGGUAUAAAGGAAAAAAUCCUCAAUGUGAAGAAAAAUGUAAACUUACUGGGCAACGACUAUAAAUAUACAACAUCCAAUGAAAAAUUAGUAUCAAAUUCAAACGCUGGAGCUCCCAUUUUAACCUGUUUUCAAAAACAUUGGGAAGAUAUCCAUAAUUUAAACGAAAGUAAUGCAAAACAAGCUGAAAAGCUGGCUACUGAGAUAGAGUUAAUUUCAAAAACUGUUAGAUCUGAUAAGCAAAACAUGGAAAUCAUAAAACAUAAUCUAAUUACGUCAAAACUAACUCACAACAUUGGAUACUGCCUAAAUCAAAUUAAAGACAUCCACGACAUCUGCGAAAAAAUUGAGGAGAAGCUUGUUAAUUUAGAAAUUGUAAUAGAUGAAGUUGAUUUUGAAAAAAUGAAAGAGCGACAUCGAUAUCAUUUAAAUAAUUAUAAGGAACGGAAGGAAGAGAGGCUUGUUAACUUGAAAUUAAUGUCCGAGAAGGAGUAUCAUAGAGAAGUUGAACAGGUUGAGACUAGUAAAAAAUUAUUACUAGAGGAAAGGCAAAAAGUUUUUCAGGAAGCUUUUAAAAAUGACUUAGAGUUAUAUAAAAGCCUAGGAUCAAUUCCAAAAUUAGAUUUGCCAAGAAAUGGUGCCCUUCUAGAAGAAAUUGACUUAGAUUAUGACGAAACGGAAUUGGAUCAGUUUUUUAAUGAGGGUGCUUAAGUGUUAUGUUUAUAUAUAAAUGUGUGAAUAUAUAUUUUCAUAUUUUGGAAGUAAUAUAGUUUUUUAAAUUGA